AUGGCAGACACCGUCAUGGUAGAACCGACUGAGCCGGUAGGAUCACCUGCCAGUAUUGUCUCCGAUUUCGCGCCCGACGAUCAGUUUGAGGACCAAGAUAUGUCCAGCGACGAGGAACCACAGAGCUUUACCAUCUCACCUCUCAUCACCAUCAUUGUCGGCAAACGCCGCAAAGAGUACAAACUGCACAGAGCCCAACUCAUGAGCAAGAGCCCGUUCUUCGAGGCCUGUCUGUCAGCGGGGAUGGUCGAACAGCAAAAGAAUGAAAUCGUCUUGCCGGAGGACUCUUGCCGGGGCUUCGACAUCGUGGCGGACUGGGUGUACAACAAGACCGACUGGGACACGGCCACGAUGGAAGGGUCCAUGCUCAGAGCGUACGUUCUGGCGGACAAGUACGGCAUGUCCGACCUCCAGAAUUCCCUGAUCGACAACCUCGGCCACUUCUGGACGUACAAGACCUGCAUCAGACCCGCCCGUGUCCUGUGGCUCGCGCGCAACGCCAUGACCGACUGCCCCUUGUACCGGCUCGCCACGGACCAACUGGCCUACGAGAUCAAGAAGGAGGGCAAACACUACGGGGACAAGCAGGAUACCACUCCGGCCUCGGUGAUCAAGACCGAACCGAACGCGGAACCCCGGCCCGACCGUGAAGUCGGCGUCGGAGUCGACCGUGCAAAGGAACUCACAAAGGCACUCGCUCACCCGGACCUGUCGACCAAGUUGCUCUGGGGCGCCAUCCACGCGUCCAGAUCGACCAGACCACCGGCCAGGGCUGCCCACUAUUACCGGGUCCCAAAGGAGAAACCCAAGAAGAGGACGGCGAAAGAGAUGGACACUCCUGAUGCGAAGAAGCGCGCAGUUUGA